AUGUCGGCAAAAUUUAAUCAAGCAUAUUCAGAAUUAAUCCGGAAACUACCUCCUUCACUAGAAAAUGAAGCUUGGAAACGUCUUAUUUCUAGAAAGCGAAAUCCAAUAACAGAAGAGGAUGCUAGUACUGUUAACCCCUUAAUAGAAUCAUUUUUGAAUCACGAGGUUGAUAGAUACCAGAAAAAAUUAAAAUUCCAACGACAAAAAUUAGAUGAAGCGGAAAAAAUUCUCGCGUCUAUGAAGGCGGAUGCUACUGAUUAA